UUCUAUAAAUAGUCGAUACGUACAGUUUAUUUAGUGCAAUCCUAAAUUAGCGCGUGUUUCUGGCGAAACUAUUGGGGUUCCGCAUAGAAAUAACGCCAAGACGAAGUUUUAACGUGAAUCACCGCAUCGCGACGGAACUCACAUCGCCAAGCAAUAGCAGCAGCGGCGACUACGGAGCACACAUCGCUUGGCAGCUCCCGGCAACAGCGAGACGACGAGAAUCCAGCACGGUAGCUGAAGGCUUUUGAGAUAACUUCGCCGAAAAGAAUCUAAUUUCAAUUGUACUGGGAUCUACGCUUCCGCUACAAUCUCGCGUAGUUGCUACGAUCGACUGGUGACGUAGCCUGACGUAUGGCUGACAGAAGCUACGUGUACGAGCCGGUCUCCACCGAAGCGCCAGUCAAGACGCAAGCGCACAACAUGGAGCAGGGCCAAUUGUGGAGACAGUACAUCAUAGCCGGCGUGGCGAACAUCGCCACCAUUGCUCUGGGUUUUGCUUUGGGAUGGACUUCGCCGGUGAACUUGAAGCUCUUAGAUCCUAACGACACACCCUUGUCGCGACCCGUCACCAACGACGAAAUAUCAUGGAUCGGAUCCCUUCUCUCCGUCGGAGCUAUGUUCGGACCAUUCAUCGGAGGUUUCCUGGCUUCAAAAAUCGGUCGUCGAUGGAGUAUUCUUCUGUCAUCUGUUCCACUCAUAGUCGGUUUUGUUUUGGUGGUGGCCGUUCAAAAUGUUGCAAUGAUUUACGCCGGCAGAGUGUUCUGGGGUCUGGCAGUCGGUAUGCUGUAUACGGUUUUGCCGAUGUACUGCGCCGAGAUCGCCACGGACGACACGCGCGGUGCCCUGGGAUCGUUCCUUCAGCUGUUCGUAGUGCUUGGCUUCCUGCUGGUGUACGGAGUGGGACCGUUCGUCCCCUAUUUCACGCUGCAGUAUGUCGGGAUAGCUGUAGUCGCGGUCUUCUGCGUGCUGUUCUUCUUCAUGCCUGAAACCCCGAUGUAUUAUUUGAACCAAGACGACGUAGACUCGGCUGCUAAAUGUCUGCAGAUCAUCAGAGGAAAAUCUCGCGCUGGUGUGCAAGCUGAGCUAGACAAGAUGGCCGCUGAAGUCAAAGCUGCAAACGAGAAAACUGCUAACUUAUCGGACGUGUUCCGUGGCGCCAACUUCAAGGCGUUCUACAUCUCGUGCGCCCUUGUGGCCGCCCAGCAGCUCUGCGGCAUCAACGCAGUGCUGUUCUACAUGGCGACCAUCUUCGAAACGGCUGGGGCCAGUCUGGACUCCGCCAUCGCGACAAUCAUUAUCGGUGCCGUGCAGGUCGGUGCUUCAGCAGUCACGCCCCUGGUGGUGGACCGACUCGGCCGCAGGAUGCUGCUCCUCAUCUCCUGCACCGGAACAACUAUUGGACUAGGACUCCUUGGCAUGUACUUUAUAUUGGACACCAAUGGCAACGCAGUAGUCGACAGCAUGAGGUUCUUGCCUAUCCUAGCCCUAGUGCUGUUCAUCGUGACGUACUGCGUGGGUCUGGGUCCUCUGCCGUGGGCUAUCAUGGGAGAACUCUUCCCGAUUGAGGUGAAGGCGUUGGCUUCUCCGAUAGCCACUGCCUUCUGUUGGAUGCUGUCCUUCUUGGUCACUAGAUAUUUCAACCCGAUAGCUGAUGCAGUCGGUAUGGGCGUGGCGUUCCUCAUCUUCGGAGUUUGCUGUAUAAUAGCGUUCUUCUUCACAUUCUUCAUGGUGCCGGAGACGAAGGGCAAGAGCUUCCAGGAGAUCCAGGAAAUGCUGGCUGGGAAAACUUCGCCAUCGAAAUCCGAGAAGAUGUAAACCAGAUGAAGUUUCUGAAACUUACUUAUAAUUUUGGAAGCGCAACUUUCUUAGCUCAAUGUGUCUUAAUCAAUAAUUAAGUUAGUAUUUUAAAUGAUACUCUGAUUUAGAGAAAUACUAAUUUUUUGUAGUGAAACUUCUUUAGGCGCGUUGAGGGUAAACUUUACCUCGCGACAGAUUCGUUACGGCUAGAGAGAAAAGAUACAAUUUAAGAAGAGCGAGAGUGAGAAAAUAUACAAAGCGUCUCGCGAACCAUUCGACCUUAGAGAGAGGGAGAAAGCAAGCUAGGUCUUUCUUUUAUACAAAUUCUGUUCGCGGGCGACGGCCACUAGAUGGCUUGUUGUUAACUUUUCAUUGUUCCUGUAGAUGGCAACUAACUAUCUUAUAUUUUAUUUUUAAAGAAGUAUUACAAAAAAUAUAAAUUAAAAUAUAUAUAAAUGAUGAAGAGAGAUGAGAAUCGUUUCUCUUAUACACAGCAUUCCAUAUUAUAAGAGAAAUUUGAUUUAAGGAUGUAAAAUAAAGAAAACCACAAUACUACACACCGCAAAAGAAGUUUCACUUCUUUCACGUGCACCAAGUUGCACCCAAACCAAUUUUUAUUUAUAUUGUACUUUAUUGAAAUGUAGUUGUAAUUUAAAAAAAUGUCUUUCAGUUUUAGUCGUAUUUAAUUAUCGAGUUUGUUUAUUGAAGACUUUAAUUUAGAGAAAAAUAAUAAAUAAUAUUAUAUAUUAUAAUAUUUAAGGGCUUCAUGCAGCGACUUUUCGUUUUAAACGGUUGCCGUUAUUUCUUAGUGACAAAAAUUUUUAGGACUUUGAAAAUUUUAAAAAACAAAUACAAAAAUAAAAGAAUUACAUUCUAUACAUACAUUUCAGUCUGUCAAAAAACAAAAUGUCAUAAGAAAUAGCCCGCGAAAAAACCGUGGCAUUCCCAGCUCAUAAAAUUCAUUGUAAACAAUCAAAAAUAACAUUAAUUAAUGUUUUUGAUUGUUUAGAAAAUCGUAUUAAUCGGUUUUCGUAAUUGGCUGACUUAUUUGAUACCGGCUAGAUAAAUUGAUAAUUUUUAUAAAACACGAUGAUAUCUAGUCCUCCUUUUUCCACGCUCGGAACAAAUAAUAAGUCGGCUCGUGGAACUGAAGCUUAUGUUUUAUUUUUAGUCCGACAAUAAUACCUAAUUUGAUAAAUAUUUGAAAAUUAUAAUAAAGGCGCCAAAAUCGUGACUGACUGAAAAAUGCACAGAUGAUAUAAAAAAUGAGCAUAUGCCUAUCGUUUCACGCUGUGUAGAUCUUGAAUAAAUCCUUGUAUAAAUGAGUUAAUACAUAUUUAUUGUCUGCACAAUAUAGUCAAUAAUGUCGAUAUUUAUAUUAUAAAAUUUAAUAAGGGCCACCAGUGAAGCUGGCGUUUUAAAAUAUAUUUUUCAAACAUUAUUUUACAUAACGUAAGGCGAAAGGACAUUUUAAAAUGAAAUUUUAUUUCCCAAGGUAGGAUUACAAGUGCAAUAUCAUUUUAAUUUUCGGAAAUUAUUUAGAUUUAUAAUAAUAUUUAACAUUUUCGAUUUUUUACAAAUAAGUUGUAUAACAUUCCUUCGUAUAUUUAUUUAAAAAAAAAAGACACUUAAAAAAGCAAGAAUCACACAAAGAGGUGCUUUUUGAUAGUUUUUAUCUAGAAUAUUAGAUUUUUGAAUUAUUUUUUUUUAGUUAUAAAUUUAAAUAUAGACCAGUUAUGUGUUCUAGUUUGAGGGUGAAGUAUUCACGACCAAAGAGAAUUUAGUAGCGGGUAGCGUCGGCUUUGCGUCUUUAGGGACUUUUCUUUACUGGUAGUAGGACCUCUUGUGAGUCCGCACGGGUAGGUACCAACCACCACACUGCCUAUUUCUGCCGGUUUCGGUUUGAAUGGCGGGGCAGCCGUUGUAACUAUACUGAAAUAUUAUAACUCAUAUCCCAAGGUGGGUGGCGGCAUUUACGUUGUAGAUAUCUAUGGGCUCCGAUAACCACUAACACCAGGUGGGCUGCGAUCUCGGCCACCCAUCUAAGCAGUAAAAAAAAGGACCUACUAUCUGGCGGUAUAGCUCGCUCGGACUUAGUAUUAAAUCAAGAGUACUUCAAACCUCAAAUGCGUGAGGUUUUUCAUUAGUAUGCGUUACACUUUGUAGCUUUUAGCUACAGAGAGCAUCGGGCCGCAUACAUCCUUACAGCAUACUUCCUUAUAGUUGUGAGCUCAACUUUAUAAUAACAUAGAAGUGUACAUUUUACGAAUGAAAUUAUGUGAUUUUUAUUUAAUAUAAUAAAUAAUUCCUAACAACUGUAAGGCUAGUAAUAAAUAUAAGUGUGUUUGAAUGUUAUUUAUUUUGUAAUAUAUUUUGUUGAAAUAAACAUUAUUUUUCAAUUA